AUGUGGAAUGGACGCGAGACUAGACCGUCAGCGCCAUUGUUAACAUCAAUGUCAGAACCGAAUAUGAGACAAAUUCAGCAAUGUGACACAAAUCGGACACAGGAAACUGACAAACUGGACCGACUAUUAGAGUUAUUUGCAGACAUGAAACGAGACGUUAGUCAGAAAAUUGACAUAUUAAACCAUACUAUGACCGAAAAUUUUGAAUGGACGACAAAACAGAUGACAGAAUUAAAUAACACCACUCAACAGCUCAGCCAGCGAUUUGAGACAUUGUCCGAUCGAGUCACUAAACAGGAAGAAACUUUGGUUACAUUCACACAUGAAACAAAAAACAAUAUCACCCGAUGUGAGAAUCAGUUAACUCAAAUAGUUAAUGUGCAGCAGGAAGUGAACACUCGUGUGGAAGAGUUAGCUCAGGCCCACACUUCAGCUAGCUCCACCCAAGAAAAGCUGACUGAAGAAGUGGGAAAUAUUACCCGACAGCUCACAAUGGUAGUUCUUGAACAAACCCACCUCAGUGAAAAGAUAGAAAAAUUAGAAGAUCGAGCGGACCUCGCGUCACUAAACAACGACACCAACAUGGCCGAAAGAAUUGUACACGAAUGUAAAUUGUGUGACGACUAUCUGGACAAAAAACUUGAAACAAUUACACAGGAUAUACUUUCAAAAGCAAAGACACAUGUUAAAGACGAGACAAAACACAUAGAAGACGAAGUGACAAAAUUACGAGACAAUGUUGUGCCGUGUUUGGUGAUUGGUGCAAACGCAUCGUCAGGGAACGACAAAACAGCUAAAACCAUGGCUAAUGACACAGACAGAACACAUAUUGUGGAAUCACCUAUUUCCAAUCAAAAUUACAAUGUGCCACCUUCUUUUCCACCAAACGAGCAAUAUUACGAUACGACACCUAGAGUAGCAAGUGACACAAACUACGUCAAUACAGUUAUGCCAACCGGCAUGGCCGAUGACACGUUUCACCCACCCCAAAGGAACUGUAGUGUCGGUGGUUGGUGGAACCAUCCGUCCGCGCCGCGACACAAUACGAUGCCUGCGCGCGAAACAUAUUCAAAUGGAAACGUGUAUGACAGUAGGAACAACCGCAGAAAUACGUGGAAUACAAAUAACAACAAUAUUUAUCACCCAUAUCAAAAUGGUAACUACAAGCAAAAUGAAAAUUACAGACAGUACAACAACAACAACAAUAGGAGACUUGAGAAUAACCGGUACAACCCGGGCUACUUUGACAGGAACAUGACAUAUAACAGACAUAAUUACCACCAAAACAAUAACAAUCCCAACAAUCACCGACAGAAUAUGUGGAACACACAAAAUUUACGUAUGACAAAUCAUAACCCUCCACGGAAUCCACCGCCGUUACCCAGUACAGUUAUGCACUCCCCGCCACGAAGUAGCAAUAACAAUUGCGGCGCGCCAUCAGCUGACGCGUGGGCGCCAACCGGCCGGAAUGUAAACAUAGUGGAGCUGGUCAAUGAACCCGGCCAAACACAGCAGACGACGGAAAACAGUCGACGACCGAGCUAA